AUGCUUGGAAUUAACAAUCAAGUCGUUUCUUUUGUGUCACAAACAGCAACAAUAGAAGCGACUGAUUUAGAAGAUGGUCAUCCAAAUCAUCAACUAUGGAACAAAAUGCCUGAUACAGGACGUCAUUCAUUUUCCAAUCGUGCAAAUUUCUUGCGCAGCGACUCGUCAAUAAAUACAGUAGAAGAUUUUCUUGAUACACUUAUCAAUUCAAGUCAUUAUGAUAGACGUAUUCGGCCAUUUUUCGAUCAACAUAAAGCAUGUAAUGUGACUAUGACUAUUCAUAUUAAUACAAUUUCAGCUAUCAAUGAAGUUAAUAUGGAUUAUAAUACAGAUUUAAUUUUUCGUCAAUCAUGGUAUGAUCCCAGAUUGAAUUAUUCUGGCACAGAAUGGGCAAAAAAAUCACCAGAGAUUACAUUACAUUAUUCACUUAUUGAUCGUAUUUGGGUGCCUGAUUCAUUUUUCCGUAAUGCUAAGGAAGGUAAACGUAGUGAUAUAACAGUACCUAAUCGAUUGAUUCGUAUUCAUCGUGAUGGAAAAGUACUUUAUAGUCAAAGACUUUUACUUAAACUUGAUUGUCAAAUGAAAUUACAAAAAUUUCCACUUGAUAAUCAAACAUGUGUCGUUAAUAUUGGCAGCUAUGCUUUUGCCACCAAUGAUUUAGCAUUUUAUUGGGAUGAAACUCCCAAUACAAGUGCUAUUCGAGUUAAUGAAGACCUUGAAAUGCCCGAUUUCGUGUUAAGUAAUUUUGAACAACGAUAUUGCAAUCGAACAACAGCAACAGGCACAUUUGCAUGUAUCGAAGUGCAUCUCUCAUUACAACGCAACAUCAAUUUAUAUUUACAACAGCUUUAUUUACCAUCAACAUUAAUUGUUGCUUUAUCGUUCAUCGCAUUCUGGAUCGACUAUAAAUCCCAUCCUGCACGAACGUUAUUGAGUCUACUCAGCAUUGUUACUGUAACAACAAAGGCUGAAGGCAGUUUUACAUGCCUUCUUGUUGUUCUUCAUUUAAAACGUUUAUUUGGUUAUUAUCUUGUUCAAGUUUAUAUUCCAUCAAUGCUCAUUGUUAUUCUUUCUUUUGUUUCAUUCUGGAUCGACCAUAAGUCGGUUCCAGCUAGAAUUUCAGUCGGUCUUUUAACUGUUCUUACAGUUACUACUCAAAGCUCAGGUAUUCGAUCACAAUUACCACGUGUAUCAUAUAUAAAAGCAAUUGAUGUCUGGAUGUCAGCAUGUCUUGUUUUUGUCUUCGCUGGUUUACUUGAAUAUGCACUUGUUAAUGUUAUUGCUCGUAAAGGUGAAUUAAAACAACAAGUUCGUUUUUCUCGAGAAAAAAAAAAAUUGGACAGAACAGCAAAAGUAACUUUAAUUCAAAAUCUACAGGAUGGCUCAUCUUUUGCUACAGAGAGAGUCAUUGGUAAUCGUCUUGCUCAAGUACAUUUCUAUAAAAAAGAUGAUACACAUCAUCCUAACACUGAAACAACGGAAACACUCGCUCGUAAAGCAAGUGCUGCCGAUAAAAAUUUAACUAGUGGAAAUACCGCUAGUUCACUUAUUCAGAAUUCAUCAAUUUCCAAUACUACUGCACCUUCACCAACACCACAGGUUAUCUUGUCACCACCAGCACCGGUACAGAAAACUGCUAAACCUGUUCGUGACACUGCACAAUUAGUCGAUCUUGUCUCAGCUAUUCUUUUUCCUGUUGCCUUUAUUGUAUUCAAUAUUAUUUAUUGGAUGGUUUAUCUUAAUAUGCAAGUUGAAUAUAUUUUGAAAUAA